CUUAAAAUGCCUUUGACCUUUAGACUGCUCCUUAUCACCUAGAAAAUUUGUACAUAUUUUUCAUUCUACUCAAAACAGAGAUAAACUAAAUCAAAAUGGCUCUUGUUGGUAGGUUAGCAUUUGUAACAGGUGCUGGAUCUGGAAUAGGACGGGAAACAUCAAAAAUUCUCGCCAGAGAAGGAGCCAGUGUAAUAGCUGCAGACAAAGUCUUAAAAAGUGUAUCUGAAACUGUAGAACUUUUACCCACAAAAACUGAUCAAACACAUACUGGCUUAGAAGUGGAUGUAGGUCAAAUUUCAAGUAUUCAAGAUGCAUUGAGUAAAGCCAUAAACACAUACAAUAAACCACCAACCAUAAUUGUAAACUGUGCUGGCAUAACAAGAGAUAAUUUUUUAUUGAAGCUGUCUGAACAAGACUUCCAAGAAGUUAUUGAUGUAAAUUUAAAAGGCACAUUUUUGGUAAUCCAAACAUUCGCAAACGCAAUAACUCAAAAUAAAAUUAAAAACGCUUCCAUAAUAAACAUAGCGAGCAUCGUUGGAAAAUACGGUAACAUUGGACAAUCAAAUUAUUGCGCCAGCAAGGCGGGUGUUGAAUUACUCACCAAAACGGCGGCGAAAGAACUCGGACAAUUCGGAAUAAGAGUUAAUGCCAUUCUGCCAGGUUUCAUUGAAACGCCCAUGAUUCAAACUGUGCCUGACAAAGUAAGAGACAGGUUCAAAAGUAACAUUGCCCUUGGCAGAUUUGGAAAACCUGAAGAAAUUGCCGAAGUGAUUUCGUUUUUGGCCUCAGAUAGAAGUUCUUAUGUAAGUGGAGCAUCUAUUGAAGUCACUGGUGGGUUAUAACUAGUCACAUUUUUCUAAGUAUAUUAUGGAUUUUGAGAAAUCAAUAAAAUUUCAAUUAUUGUAAAAACAGUUUAUUAUAUAUAA